GGACCUGGACCUGGACCUGGACCUGGACUUGGACCUGGACCAGAACCAGGAUCAGGACCAGGACCAAGUACAGCAGCACCAGCUCCAGGAUGUAGACUGAUCCCUGCAGGGCCUAAAGGAUUGGUCCAGCUGGCCAAGAACUCCAGGUCCAAAAGAUCCAAAGCUCCAAGACAAGAAUCUUGA